AGGAUACACUAAUGUUAAACAAUAUGGCAGACAUUCUCUUGCGUGGGGUAAAUGCUACUUUAUCUACCACUAAAGACUAAUGCGCGCGUAGCAAUUUUGAGAUUUCAAAAUCUUUUUAAAUAAGAGAUCGAAAUUUUAAAAACAACUAAACCAGAAAAUGCCUCCCAAAAAGAAAGGGAGUGGGAAAAAAGGUAAAGGAAAGAAAAAAGGAGGAAAGAAGCAGGUACCCCCUUCAGCAGCACCGAAAGUUGAUGAUGAGACAAAAGAGUUCUUUCUUGUGCAAAUAAGAGACCUAGAAAACAGAGUUGCGAGGUAAUCUUGCGUUCUUUAAUCUUUUAAUUUUUUUAUUAAAAUGUUUUAUAUAAGACCUAUAGCAUAUAUAUAUUAUAUAGCCUAUUAUUAAAGGCCUUUCCUUUACUGAUUAUUGUAUAUUGUUGUUGUCAACUGUUAUUAAUUAAAAUUAUCACCGACAUACUCUUAUAUUUACAUAGUCAUAGGGGUCGUCCAUUAAUUACGUCACCAACUUUUACGCAAUUUUUACCCCUCCCCACCCCUUGUCAACCACUGUCAAACUUUCGCUGCCCCCCCNUUUUAAUUUUUUUAUUAAAAUGUUUUAUAUAAGACCUAUAGCAUAUAUAUAUUAUAUAGCCUAUUAUUAAAGGCCUUUCCUUUACUGAUUAUUGUAUAUUGUUGUUGUCAACUGUUAUUAAUUAAAAUUAUCACCGACAUACUCUUAUAUUUACAUAGUCAUAGGGGUCGUCCAUUAAUUACGUCACCAACUUUUACGCAAUUUUUCCCCCCCCCCCCCCCUUGUCAACAACUGUCAAACUUUCGAUGCCCCCCCCCCCAUUUAAUUAUGUCAACAUUUUAUACUCCCCUCCCCCAUUUAAUUAUGUCAACAUUUUAUACUCCCCUCCCCCAUUUAAUUAUGUAAACAUUUUAUAACCCUCCCCCCCCCUCCUAAAAAAUUGUAUGUAAAUAAAUGUAUAAAUACAUUUUACUUUGUUUACAUGUUUAGCUUGUUAAUCAACAAGUUAAAAAGUUUUUGCACUUAAAUUUUAUAAUGCAGAAUCAAUUAAAAGGUUGUUAAGGACUAAAUAUCAUUGUUUGUGGAAUUAUAAAUAUGAUUAUUGUCCGUAUAGCUGACAAUUAUAGUAUAGUUUCUAGCUGCUAUCAUCUUCCCAUGGAGUAGCCAGGUGUUGCUGUAUCUUAACAAUAGGCAUCAGGGACAUCAUUUGGGUAAGGAAGGGGGCAUUUGCAACCCCCCCCCCCACCCCUCAUUUUGCUGGUUUUAUUUAAAUUGCUGUGUCGCCUCCAGUAAUAAACAACUUAACAAACCGACCAAGGACAUCAUUUGGGUAAGGAAGGGGGUAUUUGCAACCCCCCCCCCCACCCCUCAUUUUGCUGGUUUUAUUUAAAUUGCUGUGUCGCCUCCAGUAAUAAACAACUUAACAAACCGACCAAGUUUUGGUUCUACCCCCUCCCUUCCCCUGAAAAAAAACUGAAAUGAUGCCCCUGAUGGGCAUAGUCUAUAGUAGCUGAUUUAUCAUUUUCAUCUUGCGGAACUGAUAUACCUGACAAGUCAACAUCAUCCUUAUUUAGCCAUUCAGCACUUAAAAUAGAAGUAUUGUUGGUGUGAGCAAUAAUUGCCAUAAGCUCUAUCUCUGUCUUUGAGUUGGUAUAGUUGUUAUUGAACACCAAUGAGUUGGUGUUUUUUUUUUAAUUGAACACCGUGUACAAUGAUGUGUUAAUCAUUCCAAGGAGUGGAUUAAGAGAAAAAUGACAGGUGAAGAGAUACCAAAUACCAGAUAACAAAGUGUGCUAGCAUUCUGACCAGCCAAGGCUAAAUGCAGUGCACAGACAGACACACAUUAAAUAACUCUUAUAUUGUUAAAAGCAUAAACAUAUAUGACAAUUUACACUCAUUAUAUUGCUUAAAAUAAUGUAGGAACAAGUCAAUUUUUAAGAUUAAAAUUUUAAUACUAAAACCAUGAUCGUUGACAUCAACUAAUCUAAACCCCCUCCCUCCCCCUUGUCAACAACUGUCAAAAAUUUACAAACACCCCCCCACCCUAUUUUGCUGAUGUAGGCCUAAUCUAUGGACGCCCCCAUAGAGUUAGAAACAUAGAAUAACUGCUAACAGUAAUAAAAAUAGACAUAAGCGUUAGACAUAGGCAUCAUAAUAAUAGGCAAUUGGUUAUAGUUACAGCCAAUAUUGCCUAGCUUGUGUUUAAAUUUUCCAUGGAAAUCAUUAACAAACUAUGAUUGCAAUGUGUUCAAAAUUUGAAAAUUAAGUUUAAUCAACUACUUCGACUAUGACUAAGCCUAAAUAUAAAUUUCAAAUAAGGUAAGUUUUGUAAAUUGAGGCAUAUUAUGGCAUUAAGCAAAUUUUAUGCUAAAAUGACUUCCUUUUUUCAGGAUUUUGAUACUUUUGAAUUUUUAAUAAUUUCUUUUAAAUGCAGAAUUUUGAAUUAAGAUGCUUUCAAAUGAUAUAUGAAUAUUUUAUAUUAAUUGAGUUGUAAAUAUUGAAUAAUAAAUUCAAAUGGGUACCAGUACUGAGUGCCUUUUGCUUUCAAUCUAAGUUUUUGGGAUAUGGAAAUAUCUCACUUUUUAUUUUGUGGCCUUAUUUAGUAAAUUUUAUUGAUUGAAAAUUAUUCUUGGAAUACAUUGAGAUAGACUGUAAAACUCUAAUAUACUGCAGUUCAUCAGCAUUUGAAGAAAAGCUUAUUAAGUCAUUGAAAAGCUAAAGCCCUUUAUUCACACAAAAAUUGUAGUGCAAUCCUUUCUUAAUUGAAGACAGAAAUUCUUUUUUCUUCUUCUCCCUUAAGUUAUAUACUGAUUGGAGGACUAAUAUAUCAGUGCUAAGGACUAAGGCACCCACAGCAAGAGCUAAAAUUGUACCGCUAUAAAGCUUGAGAAGCCUAUUUUUAUGUUUUAUUUAAUUAAGACAGCAGAUUAUUGUACAGCAUUUUAGCUUCUUCAUAUGGGUAAAAUAACUACAAUAAUUGAAGAAGAAAAAACUAUAUACGAAUUAAAAGCAAAAGAGGUCUGCUUAAAUCUUUGAAAUUUAUGUAGCCGAGUGGGGACGUGGCUUAAAGUUAAAAUAAAAUCACAAUAAAACAAUCAGGUCUGAGAACUAUAGCUUUUUAAUGUAAGGUACAAUCCGUUGACAGAGCCGACAAGAAAAUCUCUCACACCUGCCGCCGACCCGACGCAUCCGUUCCACACCACAAUCUCAAAAACAUUUUUACACACCUCAAGUCCCAGUUCGCCCCCCCCCCAACCCCCCCAAAACAGUCACAGGGAACCCGCACCCCAAGCUGACCAUGGGUCAACCCCGGGCCAGGGAUGGUUAUUCCCGCGUGUAAAUAACCAACAUAAAAUUUAAGCCAGUACACAGCUGUGUGUUACUUUAAAUGACCAUGGAUGUGUACGUGCUUGGGGUUACCCAUAGCAGUAACACUAUGACUAUGAGAGUGGAUUCUCUUAUUCCUAUCUGUUUCAUGCAUACUGCCGCAUAUAAAAUGUUACCUAAAAGCAGUUGCAAAUAGUGGCACAUUGCCACAUUUAUUAGCAAUGGGAUUUAUGGUAAGGGAAUUUAGGGAUCUAAAACCCCAGGACGGAAGGACAAAGUGAUUAGAGACUGGGCUGUAAAUGUUAUUUUCUUUAAUAAAGUCCAGCUCUUCACCAAUUUUAAAUGGCUCAUCAUUUUUGUAACAAUUUUGCCACAACUACAUAGCAGCAUUAUGAAAUAUAAGGGAGCUGUAGUCAAACACUCAGAGCAUGUGCCACAAUUACUUUGCUUGCCUGAUUUGUUUCAAUGAUUUUAAAAUAAUUUUGAAGUCUUUAGCAAAAAUAGAUACUAUUAUCUCUAACAGGCAUAUACCACAUGUGCUGGCAUAUGGGUCCCACCACUUGAUAGGUUGCACCCUUUUGGCUUAAUCCUCAUCCUUAGUUUGGGUAGUUACAUGGCUCUUUUUGUAACAUAAAUAGUUUGGGUAGUUACAUGGCUCUUUUUGUGACAUAAAUAGUUUGGGUAGUUACAUGGCUCUUUUUGUAACAUAAAUAGUUUGGGUAGUUACAUGGCUCUUUUUGUAACAUAAAUAGUUUGGGUAGUUACAUGGCUCUUUUUGUAACAUAAAUAGUUUGGGUAGUUACAUGGCUCUUUACGUAACAUAAAUAGUUUGGGUAGUUACAUGGCUCUUUAUGUAACAUAAAUAGUUUGGGUAGUUACAUGGCUCUUUUUGUAACAUAAAUAGUGUGGGUAGUUACAUGGCUCUUUUUGUUACAUAAAUAGUUUGGGUAGUUACAUGGCUCUUUUUGUAACAUAAAUAUAACUAAUAUUUGUUAAACAGACAUCGCAAAAGUGUUUCUAAAAAACUUGAAUACUGAAAAUCGAUUGUCAUAAAAUACUUCAUCUUCUAUAAUAAAAUGUAAAAAUCUCAUUGCUCUUGGCUCUUGGCUCAUUGCUCUUGGCUCAUUCAUAAGCAAAGGAGAAAACGAUUAUCGACUUUUCAUAUAAAAGACUACUCCACACCCAAUAACAGUAAGCAAAAGUGAUGUACGCAGAAGUAAGCAAAAGUGGGUAGGUGGCGCCGCUGAUUUUUAUCCAAAUUUUGGGGCAUAAACUGCGAAUUAUAUUCAAGUAUAUUCGGUAGUCAGUAGUCAUAAACAGUGAAUGUUCGUAUAUUCGGUAGUCAGUAGUCAUAAACAGUGAAUGUUCGUAUAUUCGGUAGUCAGUAGUCAUAAACACUGAAUGUUCGUAUAUUCGGUAGUCAGUAGUCAUAAACAGUGAAUGUUCGUAUAUUCGGUAGUCAGUAGUCAUAAACAGUGAAUGUUCGUAUAUUCGGUAGUCAGUAGUCAUAAACAGUGAAUGUUCGUAUAUUCGGUAGUCAGUAGUCAUAAACAGUGAAUGUUCGUAUAUUCGGUAGUCAGUAGUCAUAAACAGUGAAUGUUCGUAUAUUCGGUAGUCAGUAGUCCUAAACAGUGAAUGUUCGUAUAUUCGGUAGUCAGUAGUCCUAAACAGUGAAUGUUCGUAUAUUCGGUAGUCAGUAGUCCUAAACAGUGAAUGUUCGUAUAUUCGGUAGUCAGUAGUCCUAAACAGUGAAUGUUCGUAUAUUCGGUAGUCAGUAGUCCUAAACAGUGAAUGUUCGUAUAUUCGGUAGUCAGUAGUCCUAAACAGUGAAUGUUCGUAUAGGCCUACGUCACACUCGUAAAACGAAUCUUUAAAGAAAUUAACAACUAAUUAAAUUCAACCUAAUACACUUCACUGUUAAAAUAUUAAAUUUCAUGUAGGCCUACAUGUAGCAUUAUAAUUACUAGUAGCUGAUACCAUUGCUUCGCAACGCUGUUUGAGAGUAUAAUAAUAAUAUGUAAAGGUCGAGUAAUUUAAAACACAAAGGCACUUUUUUUAAAAAGCUCAUUGGUCAGUAUGAUUGGCUUAGUUAGACGUACAAAUAAAUGUUAUAUUUUAAUAGUAAUAGAUAUAGCUAGUCCUGUGUUAGAGGUCAAACAACGAUCAGAUCAGUGAGGCGAAACCUUUUGUAGCCGCCAUCGCUCGCAUUUAGGUUUACGUAACCAUUCCACCGACUUGCUUAGAUUUCACAGAGAUUACCUGAAGCGUAUACCUUGCCAUCAUCUUCUUGUAAAUUUCAACUCCUGUUUGGAGAAGGAAAUUUGAGAAAUCAAAAGCUUCUUCUUCUUCUAUAUGUUGAGGGCCCGCGAUCAAUGUAUUGAUCAUUCUGGCUCCUCAAAUUGUUUUAGAAAUGGACCCUAAUGUUGGCUCACAAUGUUGAUGGGACUUACAUUUCAGGUCUUAGAUAGCCUCAUUAAGCACGCAUUCCUCGAUGAAAGACUGGUUGUGUCUGUCUGAAGUCCCGGGCCAGGAGCGUGUUCGUCCCACCCAUAGGGCAAUUACCACCCCGGAUGUCAUGAAGAGUUGCUUAUGACCCAUGGUGCACUCAUCCCAAAUGGUCAACGCACAACGCUUCUAUUCCCUCAUUAUGACCCGUAGGGCACUCAUCCCAAACAAUCAACGCACAACGCUUCUACUUCUAUUCCCCCAUUAUGACCCGUAGGGCACUCAUCCCAAACAAUCAACGCACAACGCUUCUACUUCUAUUCCCUCAUUAUGACCCGUAGAGCACUCAUUCCAAACAAUCAAUGCACACCAGAAAUACCUGGGCUGUAUCACAAUGUUGCACUGAAAAAAGUCUCAGGCCGAUUUGAUUUGAGAGGCCGUUGGAAGGCAGAGUGAACUUUCCACUGUCCAAUUAAGUUCGUUGCUAUACCCGAGGCAGCUACAUAUCUAUGUAUCUUUUGUAUACAAUAAAAGGCGUCCAGAAUCUAAACCAACGGGGAGUUGUGGGGGGGGGGGGGUAAUUAGGGGGGGGGGGGGGGCUUUUUUCAUUCUGAAAGUGCGGUAUUUUUUUCCUACUACCGAAUUUUUAUCGUGGAAGUGGAAGGGACGGAAAAAAUAUUUGCUCGCCCAUGGUGACCAUUACCCCUUGCUACGACACUAGGCAACCAUGGUUCAGGCCCGUUCUUAGGCAUCCGCGUAGGGCCCCGAACGUAAGGGGGCCCCCGUGAGGCACCCUCGAUCUCCCGGUUUUUUUUUUAACUGGCACUGAAGCCGUCUGUGUCACUCACGUUACCUUCCUCAUCCUGAAAUUUUUCAUUCUGAGUUGAAUUCGGAGGCAAGGGAAAAAUAAGGAAAUAAGUGCGACCAGAGCCAUUCUUAGGCAUAUAGGCAAACUAGGCAACCGCCUAGGGCCCCACUACCACCUGCAUGUCCAUAUAUUUCAGAAUUACACAUUUUCUCUAGUGGCGGAUUUAUCACUAUGGUUAGUGGUUACACGCGAGCAAAGAGGAAACAUUGAUGAAGGCAGAAUGGAGGUGCCGCAGUGGUGGCUGGUGUUUUCUCCUCAGCUCGAGGGAGCCACACCCCCGGACCCCCAACCUUCGCUCCAUGCUUAGGGCCCCCAAACUCCUAAGAACGGCUCUGCAUGGUUGAACGCCUUCCCAGAAAAUUGAGUUGUGUUACUUUUUUUAAAAAAAAACGGAUUCUGAAAGCUCGCAUUCACCGUGAGAAAGUUCUCUCAGGUAUUCACGAUUAACAUUGACUAAGCUCAGAUAAUGAGACAGGCGAUGGAGUAAUGUCAUACUGAUUAAUUACUUAGACAUUGAAAAUACAAAUACUCUGUUUCUAGGAACACUUCUUAGUUUCAGAAUGUCAACGCCGACCGAAACCCCCCUCCCCCCCCAAAAAAAAAAAAAAAAAAAAAAAAAAAAAACACUUUAAAAAACGCCUAGUUUUUAUUUUUACUAUAUUUAAAGACAUCAUAAUGACGAAUUCAACACAAUAAUGAAACGUUAAUGAAAGAUAAAAGUGUCUACACCAGUUGAUGAUUUUUAAUAUUAGAUAACUUCAAAAUGCAUUUUUUUUUUUAUGCGCGUCAUUCGCAAAAAUAAACCAGUGCAUGUUCAAAUACGGUUCAAAACACAAAAACGUGACAUCAAAAUCAAAACACAAAAACGUGACAUCAAAAUCAAAACACAAAAACGUGACAUCAAAAUCAAAACACAAACCGAAAAACACGCUCACAAAACAAAUCACUCCUUUUAUCAAUGUUUCGGUCUUUAGUCAUUUUAAGCUAUUACAAAAUCUGAAAUUUAAAAAUUAUUUAGAAAAUUUCAGUGCUCCCCUAGAGCAUAAAAUGAAUGUCCAUGCAAAAUUUCAACUUCACAAGGAAUGACUUAUAGACUAUAGACAUACUGCAUUCCUACUAAUUGACUAGUUCUAGUCCUAGAAAAGAAGACAAAUGAUUGAUUAAGUUCAUGAUUAAGAUUAUUUAUUGCCAAUAGCUUCCAAUUCUAGGGAGUUAUUUGUAGUAUAUUAUUAUUAUUAUGUAAGUAAACUACCAAAGUAUUGCCCCUUCAUUUCAUUACUAGUUUGUACUAGUCUAGUUACAAUGUUUCCUGAAAGAAAUUGAGCUUUAAAUUUAAAUUGCUAGUUUGAUACUUUCAAAGAUUCUGGAAAUGCCAUCAAAGCUUUUAAGAUUUUAAAUCACCAAAAUCACUGUUAUUUGGCUUUUAUAUAUUAUAAUUAUAGAAAAUAAUAUUGCUAAGUGACAUCUUCUGUUGGAAUACAUCCAUCGCAGCAGAAAGUUAAACAUCACUUGGAAUUUCAUUUUUUAUGCGUAUGAUUAAAAAAAAUUAACUGUGUGGCGUCACAAAAUCAUCUUAAAUCCCUCCCCAUCACAAACUGUUACACUUUCUUAGCACCCCCCCCCCCCACCACCAUUUUCCGGAGCAUGACGUAUUUUAUGGAAGGUGUUUCGCUUAUUUUAGUCUUGUCAUUCACGAAUGAUGUAACUUAAUGAUAACGUGGAUUCGAGACUAAAUUGUUUUCCCGCCAAACAAGUGAAAUAGGCUUGGUACCGGUCCGGUAAAGAAAAAUAAAUGUCAACAUAUCUGUAUAUUAAUUUAUUUUUAAAAUUAAUUUUAAUGUUUAUAGUUCGGGGGGAGUGGUCGAGUAGUAAAAAUUGUCAACUUGGUACACCGAAGACGGACCGCCUCCAUCAAAUCACUGAACUAAUUUUUAUCGCAGACCUACACUUUUACAAAGUUUUGAAAUGUAACUCAUUUUACACAUUUUUUAAGGGGAAAGUUUGUGCUAAAUGAUUGCCUAUUAAUAAUACUUUUAAAAAUUCUUCCAAUAUGAAAUUUUGUUUUGUAAGAACUUUGAAUUGCAAACGUUUUAUUUUUAUAAUAAAUACCGCGAAUCAAUAAAGUAAACUUCUUAAACUUUUUUGACGUUUUGUCUGUUUCUAAGUGUUACCAUGUGAACGGGGAAAACGCGGAAGCUGUGAAACUUUUUCACUUACUAAACAUCACAAAACUUAUAACAACAUCCACAUUUUCACAACAGCUACCUGUACUUUACUUAGGUACUUUGCAGUUUUCUUGUCUUGAUUGUAUGUAGUAGUCGUUUUGCUAGAGGUGCCCUUAUAUUUUUUAAACUUUAUUUUAAGAUUUAUUUAAUCUUCAAAUUUAAAACAUAAUUAUAAUUGGCCCAGCCGAAAGCCAAAAAAACAUAUAUCAUAUAUUUAUAUCAUAUAGGCCCAGAUACUAAAUAUAAUACUAUAAUACAUUCAUUUAUUAAUAAUUUAUUUGUAUUAGUAUUAGUUUUAUUUUAUAACAUUAACUGCCUAAAAAAAUUGGAUUUACUGUAACUUCAGUACACCAUAGCAUAGUUAACAUUUGAACAAAAAACUGAAAGUGAUUAUAUAUUGACCCAUCAUUGACAAUGUCUUGAACACCAAAUAAUAAACAUAGACUUGAGUCUUGCAUUAACCCUUUGAACUUAUCCCAGUCAUAAUUUUUUUAGAAUUCAAGGCAUAGGGAUAUCUUUACAUUGACAACUUUUCUAUAUCUCAGUUCUGUGUCACUUCUAGACAAAGUUAGGGUAUUAAUUUUGCCUCUAUAACGGAAAAAACUGACACUGACAGUUAAUUUAAGUGCAUGUGAUUUAGUGCAUGUGUCAUCUAAUGUAUACUCCUGAAAAAUAUACCAUUUUGUCUGAUAUAACUAAAUAGUAGGCUACUUCUUUCCCUCCUUACCCUCCACACACCCCCCCCCCCCCCCCAAACCUACCUUACACACAACCAAGAAAAAAAACUUUCAGAAAAUUGUGAAUUCUCCUCCACCCUAAAUGCAUUAUAUUAAUUGUAGAGUUCAUUCUCCUCCACCCUAAAUGCAUUAUAUCAAAUGUAGAAUUCAUAUAAUGAAAUUACUUUUCAAAUUAAUGUGGAUGAGUGCAUACUGAGUUAUGAUGUCUGAAAUUCAACUCAUCCAUUCAAAAGUUCAUUUUCAACACAAUCCAUAUGUCACACAGCUUAAUGACAACAAUAAUGGAAACUAAAUUCACUGAAAAUAUUGAACAACAUUAUUUGAGUUAGGGCAUUGGUUAAUAAAUCUAAAAAUGUUAUUUAGACAUUUGAACUUUUAUUAAAAAAUGUAUCAUUUCCAUUUGGAAGUUUGAUCAGUUAUGGUAAAAUGGCAGUAAUUUUAUAUAACUAAAGAUAUAUAAAGAAUAUAUACAUAAAGAAUUUGUAUUGACCAAUGAAGGCCAGUGGUGUUUGUUUGUUUUUUUUUAAUUUAAUUUAGAAAUUUUCAUUUGCUUGUGAAAUUAUUUUUUGGCUCCUCCUCCACAUCUAUUGCAUAUCUCUUUGGUAUACACUUGAUUUACUCAAAUGUAAAAGAAUAACAAAGUAUAGACAGCACGCCCCACCACCAUGAGCAAAAAGGAAAAAGCUAAGAAACCAGCUGAGCCUCCACCAGUACCAUAUGAGAAACCAAAACCAAAGCUUGAUGUAGAAAGUAAACAAUUCUUUUUGAAUGUUAUACAGUGUCUGGAAAAUAGGAUUUUUAAGUAAGUCAGUUCUUUUCAGAACUUACUUGGUCCAAGCCUUGAUUUAAUAGUUAGAUGUUCUUCAAAAGAUUUUAUGAGUUUAUUUCUUAUUUUAAAAAUAUGCUUAGAAAUCAAAUUUAAAAAAAAAUAAUAAGCCAGAAAUUAUUAUCUAGAGAUAGAACUGAUCCUAAUAUGCAGUUCAUAUUUCCAUUAGUUUGCUAAUCCAUAGACUAUUAAUAGAGGGUAAACAGAUAAAAUGGAAGAACACAUUUUUAUGUUUUUUCCUUUUACUGGACAUGUUUCUCAGAGAUGUACCAUAUUAUUUUCAAUAAAUUAGAAUAUGAUUUUACAUCUUUGAGAAACACUGUACCUUAAAUUAUUGCUUUAUUGACUCCAUGCAUUAAAUUGAUGAUUCUUAACUAUUAAAUCAAACAACCUAACCAGACAUCUUUUUCUAAAUCAUGAUUUAAACAUUUUCUUUCUAAUUCAAUAUUAAGGCCCUAUAUAUAUUGCUUUUUUUUUGGCUGCUGCUUGUCAUUCUUGAUAGUUCUAAUUUUUAUUGCUAUGGCAUUUAAUAUUUUCAGAUACCAAAAACGCUGUGAUGAGCUAGAAGUUGCAAAUGGCCAGUUCCUGGAGAAAUUCGAUCAAUUGUCUUCAGAUAAAAAAGAGAUUGUGGCAUUCUGGAAAAAGCAGCUGGACUUGAAAAGUAGGUAGAUAUAACUUAUGAUGUAUCCAAAUGAACUCUAUUACAUGAUUAGACAGACACUGAAAUUAACUUACAAUAAUAAUAAAGAAAGAAUAUUUCUCCAUCCUUUAUUAUUUUUAUCUUUAUUUAAAAGCUGUGGUUAUCAUGAAAUUAGCGAUGUCACAAUUAUUUAUUCUCUCUACUGUGAAAUUGUCACAUUUAGAGAAGCCAGGUUACCUGAAAAUGUAUUAUUUACAAUAACUUAAAUUUAGUGUACCACUGCAUUGCAUUCAUCUGGUUGAGUAGUCCAUUGCUUCUGAGUAAUCCUAUUUAAAAAUAUAUACAUUUAUAUUUUCAUAUAUUUCACAGCCGAAGAGUUGGCUGAUCUGAAUGACAAACACAUUGGCCUCCAGCAAGCCAGGGACAAUGAAAGGGAAGCUUUCAAAAAACAAAUUCAAGAACAGAGGACAGAGUACCAGGAGAUGAAAGAUUCACUAACGGCAGAGAACAUGAUUCUUGGUUUGUUGUUCUGCUUCCUAUCCAUUUAAAACUUAAACGUUUACUAUAAAUCUUAUGAGUGAGAUAAAUUACAAUUUUUUACAAAUGUUUUUUUUACAUUUCUUAUUUUAAAAAAACAAGUGUUUUAGAUUUUGAUUAUUAUAUUUUUCUAAUUUUCUUUGACUUUGAGCUGAUAAUAUUAAAUGAAUGGUAGAUAAAGCCAAUUUAGUGAGAAAAUUCUUUUCUUUUUAAAAAAAAAAAAAUUAAACCUGCUAAUGCCUUUUGAAUUCCAUACAUGAGAGCUGUUCACCAGCAUAAUUAAAAUAUCAAUUAAUUUUUAGUCCAUAAAGACUUUGUCAAUUUUAUCUAAAUGGAAUUAAUAAAUCAGUUUUUAUAUGUCACUAAGCUAAGGGCAUAUUUUGGCAGAUCUUUAAGCUGCUGUAAAAUAUAAAUGUUGGCAAAUGGAAGGGUUUUUUAUCUUUCAUGUGGGAUGUAUGACAUUCCAGCAUAUGAUAUUCAACCACAAUGGUUGAUUUCUGUAUAUAAUUUUUUUCAAAUGGGGAUUGGGAAACAACAAAUUUGAGGAGUGCAGAGUAGUGGAACUUGAUAUUACUGGGACUAGAAAAACUAUGUUGUUUGUCCUUUGCAUGAAAAUGUGACCAAGGCAAAAGGAAGAGUUGCUCAAUUCCUCAGAUUAACUCUCACAUCCAAUGACAAGACUUGGUCAAGAUGACUGGAACUGGACCAGGAUGCAGUAUUUCUUAUUUUUAUACCGUUUUUUCUGUUCUUUUGUUCGCUGACGAAGGCUUUCUGCCGACACGUUCGCUGUUUUGUUGCGUUUAUUUUUUCAGGUUUAACCCUACUCUGUUUUACUCAUUUUAUUCAGUAGAUGACCAGCAAAGUGUGUGUUUCAAUGUACACUUUAUACCUUUUACGUGGAAAGAGUUGUGUGUUAAUUUGUGUGUUAAUGUCAUCUCUGGGUUUGAUUGCAGAGUUUGCCUUCCCUUAGAUGAGUUGCCAUCCAAGUUUAAUGAGUCUCAUCCAACCAGUGUGCUGGUGAUGUUUUUUGCUUUUGCUAGGGAUUGAACUCUAGUUCCCACCAGCUUGUGAUUGACACAGGAGACCACUCGGCCACCCAGCACCCUUGCACAAUGAAUAACGCUUGAAAAGACCACAAACAACCAUAACAACAAUCAUGUCUAGGCAUUUUCUGGGGCUUGAACUCCAGUCCACUAGCUUCACUCAGUUUAGACAACUCAGCCAACCAGCACUAGGAAACUAAUAGGUUAAUUAAUUAUUGUAAUAACCUUCUUAAUCUUUGGUUAUGUUGAUUUGACUAAUGUAAAGUUGACUUAAACCCAAAAAAUGAUAUUCUGAUGAACAGGGGGCAAACUGGCAUCUCUGGAGGAGUUCAAGGUUCAGAAGGAAGAGUUGAUGAACAAAUUUGCAGAGAUGGAAAAUGAACUGCUGCGAAAAGAGGAGGAGAAUCAGGAUCAUUUGUACAUGCUAGAGAAAAAGGCAGUAAUUGAUAAAGACAGGUAACCUUGUUUGAAAUAAGUAUAUGAUUUCACCUCUGUUGUUUCAUGCUAGCCUAGAACUGUUUGCUUCUGUAGAGAACUAUAAUCAUAGAAAAACCCACAGAAGAAACAUUUAUGUUAUUAUGUGAUUAUGUAAUUAUGUGAUGAGCAUGUGAUUAUUUAGGAAAUAAAUCCACAUAUUUUAUGAAGAUUGCCUUAAUUAUUUAAACCAGACUAAAAGGUCUUUUUAAAUUAAAUUUAGUUAGGGGCUUGAUACUGUUAGACUAGUAAUUUUUACUUUCAAAUACGAAGAUCCUACCUGACUUUUUAUUUUUAUUGUUAAAUUCUUCGCUGCAUUACUAUUAACUACUUCACUUCACAGGCUCAAAAAGGAAAUGAUAUUAAGGGUGAACCAUGUUGCAGCAGAGUUUCGUAAAGUCAGCAAUAAGCAGAUGGCAGAAACUACCAAGAGAACAAUACGUGAAAAUGUCUCCAUUACGACUCAGCUGGCCAAGAUGUCUGACAAGACCAUUGAACUGAUCCAACAGAAUGAUGAGCUGGGUGAAAAAGUGAAGAGUUUGAAACAACAAGUUGAGCUGAUGGAAUCAAAUGAGAAGGAACUUAGUAAAAGAAAUCAGAGCAACUUGAAGGUAAUUGUGUUAUGGAUUUAAUACAGUAUGUGUUAAUAUUAAUGGGGUUAUUUGAUAGGUGUAACUGAUGGGGAUUAUUGAUAGGUGUAACUGGUAGGGAUUAUUGAUAGGUGUAACUGGUAGGGAUUAUUGAUAAGUGUAACUGGUAGGGAUUAUUGAUAGGUGUAACUGGUAGGGAUUAUUGAUAGAUGUAACUGGUAUGGAUUAUUGAUAGGUGUAACUGGUAGGGAUUAUUGAUAAGUGUAACUGGUAGGGAUUAUUGAUAAGUGUAACUGGUAGGGAUUAUUGAUAAGUGUAACUGGUAGGGAUUAUUGAUAAGUGUAACUGGUAGGGAUUAUUGAUAGGUGUAACUGGUAGGGAUUAUUGAUAGGUGUAACUGGUAGGAUUAUUGAUAAGUGUAACUGGUAGGGAUUAUUGAUAGGUGUAACUGGUAGGGAUUAUUGAUAAGUGUAACUGUAUGGAUUAUUGAUAAGUGUAACUGGUAGGGAUUAUUGAUAGGUGUAACUGGUAGGGAUUAUUGAUAGGUGUAACUGGUAGGGAUUAUUGAUAAGUGUAACUGUCGGGAUUAUUGAUAAGUGUAAUUGGUAGGGAUUAUUGAUAAGUGUAAUUGGUAGGGAUUAUUGAUAAGUGUAACUGUUAGGAUUAUUGAUAAGUGUAACUGGUAGGGAUUAUUGAUAAGUGUAACUGGUAGGAUUAUUGAUAGGUGUAACUGGUAGGGAUUAUUGAUAAGUGUAACUGGUAGGGUUAGUGGAUGGGGUUUAAUUUAUUAGUGGAAUUGAAAGGUGUAACUGAUGGGGUUAAUUGAUAUGUGUAACUGAUGGGGAUUAUUGAUAGGUGUAACAGAUAGGUGGAGUUAAUAGGUGCAACUGAUGGGGUUAAUUGAUAGUUGGAAUUGAUCGGUGUAACUGAUGGGGAUAAUUGAUAGGAGGAAUUGAUCGGUGUAAUUUUUAAAAAUUAUAUUGACAUUUCUGAACUGGGAUACUCAAACUUAUGAUGGAUCUAGCCUUUAUUUUGUCUUUAUUUUGUCUUUGAUUAUUUGUAUAUAAAAAAAAAAUUUAAUGGCCUGAAUCAAACCUAGGUGAUCAAAUUGAUGACUGAGAAAUGUCAGAGCCAGGAGUCUUUAAUAUCACAGUUUGCAAAGAGAGAUGAUGAAUUCAUGGAACUUCAGAAUGAGGCUGAGCUUCUCCACAAGCAGAUUUUUUCAACAAGGUCACAAUAUUUACUUUCUUUAUUAAUACUUAUAAACAUUGUUUAAAGUUUAAUUGAACACUGAAAUUACGUAUUACUGUUUCAAAAAUAGCAGUGAAAUGUUAUUCAAAUUUCUUUGUCUUAUGCUAACUGUAUGGUGAAGCACAAUGAGGUCAUUACUGGCCAACACUGGAGUUCAAAUCUUUGUCCGGUUUUCAAGUACCCCAUUCUUACCUGUUGGGAGAAACAAUCACAAUUCCUUGGGGACAACUUGGGAAAGUCAAUGACAAUAGAAGCAAAGCCCAAGAGGGUCUGAUUGCAGACCAAUGGGUUGACUUCAAUAUUUUUAAGGCAGGUUCUAUGAAAUUUUCGCCAGGUGUCCAUCCUUUGGGCCAAAAGACACAGCCUAAAAUCAGUUUAUUUGUAAUUAGUAAGUUACAGAGCACAUAUUCUUAACUCAUAUGUUUUUUUAUUAGCAAGUGACCGCCAUUGCAACCAAAUUUUAAUAGAAACCUUUAAUUAAUAAAUUGAUCGUGGGCCCUUAAGAUAUAGAAGAAGAAGAAGAAGAAUUAUAAGUCACAGCAACAUUUUAAUAAAAAUAUAUUUUGAUGAUUUUUUUCCUGGUAAAUAUAUCAUUAAAAGUUAUUACCUUCACAAAAAUAUUUAAAGGCGUUUAUUUAUAUUUAGAGCUGGCAUAUAACAACAAAUCUGAUACUUUUACUAGUCAUAUUUGUUCUGUUAUUCAAUAAAUUUUAAUUUUAAGCCUUACUCAUUGUCAGUGGAGUUUCAAAUCAGAAACUUUACAUGCCAAAAUGUCCAAUAAAGAAAUUAGUAUUUCCUUAGUUCUACACAUACUCAUUUACUCAAAUGUGGUUGUUGUUUUUUCCAAAGAUGUGGAUCAGUAAUUACUGUAACAAUAUUAUUGAUGUAUCAUAAUAUUAAAUUAGUUCAUUUCAAGAAAUUGAUGAAAUAUUAUGAAUCAGUUGUUUAGUACAGUGCUCCACAACCUUUUUUCUCUCACAGCUCACCUAGAUUGUUGGAGACAUAUGUAUUUCAGAUCCAAAUGUAUUGCUCCAUGUUUACUGUAUAAAAGUAUUGCUCAAAUUUUGGGGACAGUGAUGUUAGAUUUAGUCGCUCUGCUUGUUUGCCAUGGCAGUCGAGUGGGUUCAGUGGCAUAUCUGUAAAGAUCCUUGGUGUAACUUGGUUAGCCAAAUUUUAGCCUCUGUUUGAAGCUGUUUAACUUAUCGGGGCAUGUUAUGUAAGUAAAUUCUGAAUCCCAGCUUGCAUUUUUUUAUUUAGUUCAUUCAGAUGUUAACGCACGUCAGUCAUGUAUUCAAGUUUUGCCAGCCAGUGAUGGAGUGCCUGAAGCUGGUGAUGUUCAGACAUGUCUUGAAUAAGCAGUAAUUGACUAGCCUCAUGGCGCAGCUCAAUCAAUCUAGCAAGAGAAGUUACCUCGGGAUGGCUAACAAAUUUUGUGAAAUAAUGGGGAUUUAUAUCCUCAAUACCAUUUCUUCACAAAAUAUUUUUUUAUAAUUGUAUAAAUUAUGUUUAUGAUGUUGUUCAUCAUUUUCAAUAGGUCAUCUGGCAAAUUUUUGCCAUCAAAGCCUCUUGAUGAAUGCAGCGAUGUUUAAUUCCUACUGUUGGAUCCUAUCUUUUUACACAUGAGAAAAAAAUCCUUAUGUAUUACCCAUCACAGCAGCACCAUCCGUGCAAACAAUAACACAUUAUUCCAUUGAUUUACAAAAGUUUAAUAAAAAAAAAUCAGUUACUUGAAAUAUUUCCUCACCAGCAGUCCCCACUGAAAGUUCUUUGCAAAACAAAUAAUGCUCCUUUAAUUGCAUCCUCAUUAACAAAAUGUACAACACUGAUGAUCUGUGAUCGAUUUUUUAACAUCCAUUGUCUCAUCCACUUGGAGUGAAAAGGUCUCAUCUUUUUAAACUACUUUUAAUAAAUUUUUCCAAAGAAUAACAUGACACAUGAAAACAAUAUCAGCUGAUUAUGAAACUUUUUCUACUUCCUGAACACUCCAAGCAUUAGUUGAAUGAUUCUACACCUCCUCAUUUAAUGAGUGUUUGGCCCACUGGCGAAGCAAGGGUUGGUGUCACCCAGUGCUGUCCACACCACACCUAACUAUGGCACUGGUUUGGCCAAUAGCUUGAUAUUUUUUCUGAUGUUUCAUUAAUCUUGGAACUUUUUGUUCUAACACAUUUUUUGCCUUUGAAUAAAAUUCUGCUAAAAUAUUCUUUAUUCUAGAAGACACAAUAUGAAUGUUUUAAUUUAGAUAGCAAAUACGUUUGCUAGAGAUCAUUGCCUUAUUACAAAGUUAUCAAUUGCAAAUUAUCCUCUCAGGUUUCAUAGCUGAUUUAUCACUACACCAUGAAAAUCCAUACUGGCGUUUCUUUUGGCAAUCUUCAUUUUUUAACACAACUGCUUGUAUCCACCUUUAAAGUGGUAAUUUUAUUAUUGAUUUUUCAAAUGCUUUGCAUGUGUGCUAAUUUAACACUAAAAAAACAAUCUGAUUCAAGCUCAAAAUUAAAAUAUUCUGUCCAUAAAAUAAAAGUAAUGACUACCAACUUACUUGUGACAUUCAUAUGCAAAGUUACCAUAUUUAUCUCAGAGCUAAAAAGAAAGCAAGCCCCACAAAUGUAAUGAUAAAAGAAAGCACAUUAUUGACUGUAUUAAGAAAUCUGAUGAAAGAUCUUCGGCCCCCAAAAGUCUGGACAGGAUCUGGCUUAGUAUGUAGUGGGUUUGUUUUCUUUCAUUGGUGAUGAAAUGUUAUCUCGAUAGUGUAAGAGCAACAACACCUAUUCAAAGUAUUACACAGUAGGCAACCAACAAGAAAAAUGUGGGAUCAAAGGCCAGAGUGAAAGGGACAUAUUUAGCUCACGCGGCCCUGGAAAACCGCUCCCAGGCGUCCGUUUCGUCCCCGCCUACGUCCCGAUAGGACAACUCCCUGUGACGGUGGGGGGAGGUAACGAAACACCUUUCCUCUGGAGAGGAAGCAAAGCCGUUCAGACCCAAGGAGAGUGGACACAGCGUUAUUACUGGACGUCCCCCAGGCCAGGGGGAGGUCCCCGGCAUGCUGCCGCACGGUCUGGCGGCGGGGAGACCGGGGGGGGGGUAUUUAGAGCUCACGCUCGACGACCCACUGACGCCAUCUCCAACACGACGUUUUCAGCUAGUCACUUCAGACACUUUGGGGAUGGUGUCAAAUUUAAACAUUCAUAUUUGCUGUCCUACUUGACGUCAAGCCUUUGACAGCUUGAUAUUUAGCCAAUCCUUGUCUCCUCUUUUGUUUCAACAAAUGUACAUCAUCUUUGCGUAUUUUUCACCCUCUUGGAGGAAUUUUUCAGUGGCACACUCAGCAUCGUCUUGCAGCACACCAUUGUGCCUCUGCACAUCAGUUUGCUGAGCCCUGGCAUAGUAUAUCAGUUAAUUAUGCUAAAUACCUCGUAGAUGACAAGAGGCUCUCAGACAGAAAGGUUUUCCAACCUCUACCCUUGCCUCAUGCCUAAGAUGGCGAGAGAAAUAACUAGACCCGGUUGCAAUGCAUUUCAAAAAUAAUCCUCAGAGUUUUGCUAAUGGGGAUUUCGAAACAAAUAAAAUGUUAUCUGGUGGGCUGCACUUCACUUGUGGUUUCAGCACACAAAAUUUCCAAUGUCUCCAUUAUAGGAAUGAGCUUGAAGCCAUGACUAGAGACAACACGGAACACGAACAGUUGGCCCAGCAGUUGAAGGAGAUGUUGCAAAAAGAGACAAAACUAAGAACGCAGAUACAGGGGGUGUUGGCUGCUGCAGCAGCCGCAAUAAGAGACGCGCUAGUUGUAAGUUCUUGUUGUCACUUUUUAUUAUAAUGCUCACUUGCUUGCUCCAAUGUAACAACCAGGACUUCAGAGUCUGCAUAUAGUUUCUUUGUAUGUGUAUCUAGCAUAUGACGUCUGUCAUGCUUUAAAAUUUUAUUUUUGUUUAUUUAAAAAAAUAAAUAAAUAACAUCAUAAUGUUAUGCCUUCUCAGGGUUUUUUCAGUCAGUCAAAUUAAGUACGUUGUAAAUAAAUUAUUUGUUUGUAAACAAAUCAGAAUAAUGAGAUACUUAUUUUAAUGUUCACAAUUUGCAAUCUCAACUUCCAUCAACAUGUAUUAAAAUCUGUGCAGUGGAACCAAGGGAAAAAAAAUUGUCAUGCCAUUUCAGGACCCACUUUCCGUACAAGUAUUCCAUAAAUUCCACAAAAAUUCUGAGGUUCAUUUUUUAGUGACCCAAUUGAAUACACCUUUAAGGACUAACAAUUUUGUAAGCAAUAAAUAAUAUUGGUGGAUAGCUCCAAUGACCUUUUUUUUUUCUUCAAAUUAAUUACUUUAUCCUUUAUAACUGUAAAUGUUACUUAGGAGAUUGAGAGUGACGCCAUGCCUGAUGAAAUGCAACAGAUCAACUCCAUUUAUAAGAGAGAUCACAUGCUGGAAAAUCUUUUGGUGCUCUUGGACAGCGCUGCCAAUCUUGGCAUUGGGCCUAAACACAAUGAACUUGGGAAACAGAUAUCAGAUCAUAAAUUUCAAGCAGGCAGCAAUCUACCUGGGGCCAGGCAAGGCAUUCAGAAAGGGUGAGUCUAAAGUGGAAAUAAGAUUAUACCAACAAAUUUAAAAAAAUACAUAUUUUUUUUAAAUUAGAAAAAGCCUUUUAGAAUAUAAGAGAGACAUAAUCCAUGAUCUUGAUUGAACUUGAACAAAAAAAUUAAAACUGUGUUCGAACCAAAGAGCCCAUACUAUGUUUGAAAUACCAACGAACACUCAAGACCUUCUCACCUCACAGUUAAUCUAACCGCUCAAUGGGUCAACUAGUGCCUUGAAACAGACCAAUUUUAAAAACAACAAAGACUCAAGAAAAGACUUUAAAGAAUGAAAACAUUAUAAUCAAAACAAAUGUCCGUUUAAUUUUAGAUAAAAAAAUAAUCUUAUCUUGUAAUGAAAGAAAACAGAACUUUAAAAAAUACUUGAUUUGAUUAAAUGUAUUUCUUUGUUAUAAUUUCUCUGAUAAAUUGUAGAGUUUUGACAAUUUUAACAUGUUUCUAUAAACGCUUCACAUAAGAAUUAAAAAAUUGAAUUUAUGAUUCUGUUGCAUAAGUCAUUUUAUUUUCUUCCUCUUAAGGAAACACCUCCAUACUAGAUGUUAAAUUUCAUCAUAGGUCAACCAUCAUAAACUUAUUUACAUAGUACAUACAUUAUAAACAUUCAGUAUAUUCAUUAUUUCUUGAAUGUAUACCUCUAUUUACUCUAAAUCAAUGAUUAAUGAGACUCCUUACAAAGGCUAUACAUGCUUAUAAUUAUGCAAUUCCCUUGCUUAUCUUUUUUUUUUUAAAGGGAUUUUCCCGAUGUACAGGGAACUCUUCCACAUUACCAACUUGGUGACCUUGGCCUUAUACCUCGGCCAAACCAGCAUGUCCCUACAAACAUGGACAAAAUGAAAGUCAUUUCAAAGAUAGCCAAGCUGGGAGCACUCCGUGGUGUGUUAUCAAAGUCAGUAGCCACGCAAACAGUCAGUGCACCAAAUGUAAGUCAUUGGAGAGUUGAUCUUUUUAAAAAUGUGUAUUCCAGUAAAAUAUAUAAUAAUUAUAAUAUAAUAAAGGUUCUCUUAUCUUGUAUUUGAGCCUUAUCUUUUGAUUGUUGGUAAAAUUUCACAUAAGUUAAAAACCUUUUUCUAGGAAAACAAAAAGAUAAACAGAUAUUUUAUGAAAUAAAACAAGGAACAAGCUAGAGGUCAGACUUGUGCCCAUAUUAUAUCAAUAUAUUGAAUUUAUAAAUACAAUUUUUAGAUUAUUUGUUUUAUGUUAAAAAUGUAAGAAAAUGUUUUCCUUUUUUUUUUUUAAAGGCUUUAAUAUUUGCAAGUCAGCUAACAAAGAAAUUACCGACCACUGAAGUCUUAAAGGAACUCCGUGCCAGCUUCCAAGCUCAAGGAGUCGCCCCCAACCCAGUCCCCAAAAGACUGAUUGAAAAUGUAUGAAUUAAUUUUAAAAUGUACAUUGAAAACAGUGCCACUGAUCUGCACCCGGCGUUUCAAAGCUUCUCUGAACAUAGUGAAAAUUUUACACAAUAAUUUUCUGUGUUUGAACACUUUGACUGUGAUGAUUGUAAUGGAAUUGUUAAGUGAAUAUUUGCAUGUAAAUUUAAAAUUUAAAAUAUUUCUGUAAUGAUCCAUUGCCUUGAAAACAAUAAUGUGGGAUUGGGACAAAUAUCAAUAUGAUAAGGGUCUUAAAAUUUGAUAUAUGUUACAUGCCAUCAGGCUUGAUAUCACAUGAGUAUCACUAAUAGUUAUUCAAUUUCUGUUGAUGUGAGCAUCAAUUUCUUUAGCUGUAUUACAAAGUUCAUAUAAAUAGCAUAUAAUUAGUCUGGCAUAUUUAGACCUCAUUCGUUUAAACUAUGUUCUAAUUUUGUGAAAUAUUAUUGUUUUUAGAGGAGUUGUGUUUCCUCUUAACACUACCAAAAAAAAUGUUGCUGUAAUUUUCCUUGAACACUCAAUCUGUUGAAUAAGACUAAGCACUGCUGACUAGUUAAAGUCUAUUAUGAGAACCAAAAAAAAUUAGGUUAACAUCUAGAAUACAAUAUUUAAUUAAUGCUGGUUUUUUUGGGGUUUUUUUUUUCAAUUUGUUAUGAUGAAAAGGUGUUUCACUUUUAAAGAGUUUUCUGCACAGAACAUAAACAAAUGAAUAGAUGUUUUGUUGGGUUUUUUUUUUCAUUUUCCAUAGCUAUUUCCUAUAUUGGCUUUUGACAACUUUGCCAUGGUUUUGUGAGGUGUGCUGUGUUUCACAUCAAUACAACUGAUUACAUUUCUUCAAGGGGAAUUUCACAAUGUAAAUAGUGUGUCACUUUAAUGAUAAGUACAGAUUUCAUCAAGAUAAAAUGAUCAAUACAUCUUAAAUCAAUCUCUGCAAAAAUAACAAGGUUAAAUACACGAGACAUUCCAUUGUUUACAGCAGCAGACAUUCAAAACAGGUGUCUUACUUUUAAAUCAAGAACAUAUUUGUAUUGUCAAAGAACAAGAAUGAAAGAGACACUAUAACGUAUGAUGACCUUGAACAAUUUGAUGAUGAAAAUCACUAAAUGGCUGUUAAUAUAAGGUAUAUGCAGUGUUGCCACAGGCUAGACAACAAGGAACCCCAUGUAAGAUAAAUAAUAUAUGUCUUUAUUAUUUACAAAUAUAGUUAGUACUUUUGAUAAAAUCAUCAAGUCCAAAUGAGUGUUGGGGUCACUCAACCAUUUUGGCCCGUCACUGUCUCGACCUGAUAAAAAAACAAACAAUUCUUGUAGACCUGAUAUUUAUUUUUUUGUUUCUUCAACACAGAGUCAUCAUUUUAUAUUGUAAAACAUCAGAUUUGUUAAAAACUUAUAGGAGCCACUGAGUAGUGGUCAAAGUCAUUGCUGCCACAUUAUCUGCCUUGAUGUAAAAGAGAAACUCGUCUCUAUAAGUUGACCAGAUUAAAAAUACUAUACAUUUAAUCUUGAUAGAAUUUUCAGCACAGACAUUACAUUAUAGAAUAUGUGCUACAUCAGUAAGGUUGUUGUUUUCUUCUUCAUUCUGUUGUUAAUAAAUCCCAUAAUAUGCAACUACUGUUAAAAUGAUUGUUACCUUAUUGAGAUGAGCUUAAUGGUCAACUCAUCACUUUGAAAUAAUAAUUUAAUUAAAGACAAUGAUGGCAUCCU